UUAAAAACAUAAGAUAAUAUUAGCAAGCUAGGGGCAACCCACGAGCCGGCGUUCUCUCAAAUUUGACAUUGAUUGGUGUUUGUUGUAGAUUGUUGUUUUGCCGCUAACAAAUUUUACUUUUAUUUUAUCAAAAGUAAUCUAAUUAAUCCGUAUUCAAAAUGACGAUUGGAAAGAAUAAUAAAAUGCAACAGCAUAUAAACUAUCGAGUCAGAGUGAUAUUACAAGAUUCUCGUACAUUCAUAGGAACGUUUAAAGCUUUUGAUAAACAUAUGAAUUUGAUAUUGGGAGACUGCGAAGAAUUUAGAAAAAUUAAAUCUAAAAACAGUAAAACAGCAGAUCGUGAAGAGAAGCGAACGCUUGGUUUUGUUUUGUUAAGAGGAGAAAAUAUUGUUUCAUUAACUAUUGAAGGUCCUCCGCCACCCGAAGAAGGAUUACCCCGUGUCCCUUUGCCUGGUGCUAUUGGAGGUCCAGGUGCUGGUCGCGCGGCCGGUCGCGGCGCUGGCUUUGGGGGACCUCCACCGGGCUUACAAGGACCUGCCAGAGGAGUAGGUGGACCGUCACAGCAACAUAUGGCACCUGGAGGCCGAGGGCAAAUGUCGGCACCUCCUCAAAUGAGAGGAGGACCUAUGAUGGGAGGCCCGCCACCCGGCAUGAUGGGUGCUCCACCUGGUAUGGGCCGAGGAGGACCAGGUCGUGGACCCCCAGGAAUGCGCCGUUACUAGUUUGUGUUUAAGAGUUUUAAGUGUAAUUCUAGUAUAUUUUGGAAUGAUAAAGCACAUAAGUGUUUAUACAAACAAGUAUGAUUUACAAUUAAAAAGGAGCAAAUGGGAUACCUGGUCAUAAAUGUUGAUGAAGUGAAAGAUAGUAAUAAUGUAUGUGUGUUUAAAAAGUAAGCAACUUAUCAUUAAAGAGCUAACAUGUGAAA